UCUGCGAAGCCGCCGGUGCCAGCCCCUCCCGGGAGCCACUCUUUGCCCUGCGGGAAGUCCGCGCAGCCCAGGAUGGGGGUCGGCGGGUGCUGCUUAGUCCUGCCCUGGAGGUGCCUCGUCGUCCUGUGUCUCAGGCUGCUCUUCCUUGUGCCCGCAGGAGUGCCCGUGCGCAGCGGAGAUGCCACCUUCCCCAAGGCGAUGGACAACGUGACCGUCAGGCAAGGAGAGAGUGCCAUCCUCAGAUGUACCGUGGACAACAGGGUCACACGAGUAGCUUGGCUGAACCGUAGCACUAUCCUUUAUGCUGGGAAUGAUAAGUGGUCAAUAGAUGAGCGAGUGGUCAUCUUCUCAAACACCAAAACUGAGUACAGCAUCAAAAUCCUUAACGUGGACAUAUAUGACGAAGGCCCUUACACCUGCUCCGUUCAAACAGACAAUCAUCCAAAGACGUCACGAGUCCAUCUCAUCGUGCAAGUCCCUCCCCAGAUUAUAAACAUCUCCAGAGACAUCACCGUCAAUGAAGGCAGCAGCGUAACCCUUCUGUGCUUGGCGUUUGGGAGACCAGAACCAACGGUGACAUGGAGGCAUCUGUCCGGCAAAGGCCGGGAAUUCGUAAGCGAAGACGAAUACUUGGAGAUCACAGGUAUCACCAGGUACCAAUCUGGGGAGUAUGAGUGCAGCGCUGUUAAUGAUGUUGCAAUACCAGAUAUCCGGAGGGUCAAGGUCACUGUAAACUACCCUCCAUCCAUCUCCAACGCCAAGAACACUGGGGCCUCCGUUGGCCAGAAGGGAAUCCUGCGCUGUGAAGCCUCUGCUGUCCCCGUAGCAGAAUUUCAGUGGUUCAAAGAAGAAACCAGAUUAGCCAACGGACUGGAUGGUGUGAGAAUCGAGAACAAAGGCCGGAUGUCCACGCUAACCUUCUUCAAUGUCUCGGAGAAGGAUUAUGGCAACUACACCUGUGUGGCCAUCAAUAAACUGGGGAACACCAAUGCCAGUAUAAUCCUGUAUGGCCCUGGAGCAGUACACGACGGGAACAACUCUGCGUCCAGAGGAAUGGCCUGCCUCUGGCUAUCAGGCACCCUCUUUGCUCAUUUCCUCCUCAAGUUUUGAUAAGAAAAGUCAAGCGCUUCUCGGCUGAGCCUGUGAAAUGCCCCAGGAGACGCGUCUUGGUCUGAGAGACGGUGCACAGUGGAAAGUUAAAAUGAGUUUUCAAAGAAAAAAGUGUCCUAUUAUUAUCUCUGUGUCUCUUGAGCAAAAGGGUUGUUCUUUCUACUUGUUACACUGUACAUACCUGUUCAUGUUUUUAACUGUC